AUGGAUAAUGUUGUAUUUGCUGUUAAUUGUGGUGGCGAUUCCCACACAGAUGUUAAUGGAAUAAGAUAUCGUAAAGAUUAUCUUAAAACUGGUAUCACUUCGGAUUAUGGACGUAAUUCAAUAAUACAUCGUGUGCCAAAAGAUGAUAUGGUACUUUAUCAAACUGAACGUUAUGAUUUACAAAAAUUUUCAUAUGAAAUCGAUCUUAAUGAUGAUGGUGAUUAUGUACUUUGGAUGAAAUUUGCUGAAGUUUGGUUUAAUGGUCCAAAUAUGAAGGUUUUCCAAAUUCUUCUCAACGAUGAACAUUCUGUUCUUGAUGAAUUUGAUAUUUUUUCUAAAGCUGGUCGUGCUACAGCACAUGAUGAAUAUAUUCCAUUUCAAAUAAAAAAUGGCCGUUUAGUUGUUAAAUCUCGUAGUUCAUCUUAUUCAGGAAAUUUAAAAGUUACAUUUCAAAAACUUGAUCAUAGAGAUAAUCCAAAAGUCAAUGCACUUGUUAUAUGGAAAGGAACUGUUGAUCAAAUUCCAAAAUUACCACCAAUUCCUGAACCAGAACAACCUGAAGAAUUAGUACAAGAAGAAGAUGAUGAACCACCAGCUAAAGCAACAAAAGUUAAACGUAGUUUAAAAACAAGUGGACCCAAAGUUGUUGAUCCAUACACAGAAGAUCAAUCAAGUUCAUUAAUACCAUUACUUAUUGCAGUAGCUGCUGUUAUUCCUGUUAUUUUUUGUUUAUGUCGUCUUUAA